UUUGAUCAAACAUUUUCUACUUUUUGGACAUAUUAUGUGAUUAGAGAAUGUAUAAAGUAUCGUGGCUAUUUCUAAUAAUUCUCGUGAAUAUAAUUGUAUAUUCAUCAACGGGUUAUAAAAUAUUAGUGGCAUUCCCAGUUCCAAGCAAGAGUCAUGCUAUUCUCGGCGAAGGUAUGGUUAGACAUCUGCUGGAGGCUGGUCAUGAGGUGACGUACAUAACACCACACCCGAAGAAAACGGCUCCUCCAAAUCUACGACAAAUCGAUGCCUCCGCAAUUCUUCAAAAUAUGACAGGUAACCCAGUUUCAUUAAAAACAUUGUUGCGAAAGGAGGUGGACUUGAGGGAUACCAGCUUCUUUCACAAGAUAUUGGAGAAAAUGAACAAUGCCAUAUUCACAAAUAAAAAUAUUUUGAAGUUAUUGAAUGAUCCAAAUGAACAAUUUGAUCUAUUUUUGGGUGAGUGGUUCUUCACUGAAUUACUUUCCGGUUUCGCAGCUGUAUUCCAGUGUCCAUAUAUAUGGGUGUCAACUGUGGAACCACAUUGGCAGAUAACGCGAUUCAUAGACGAGUCUUUGAAUCCAUCGUAUAAUUCAGACAUUCUGUCCACCAACUCUGUACCACUUAGUUUUUAUGAGCGAGUUGAAGAACUCAUAACGCAAGUCAAGUUGACUGCAAUGGAAAAAAUGUAUUUGAAUGAAAAGGAUGAAAAGACUUACACGGACAUUAUUGGCCCACUAGUUGCAGCUAGAGGGAGGACUUUGCCCCCAUACAGUGACUUGAUCUAUAACGUAUCUCUUAUCUUGGGUAACUCACACGUGUCUAUGGGAGAAGCGACCAGGCUUCCUCAGAACUAUAAGCCAGUGGGUGGUUACCAUAUUGAUGCUAACUUGACACCGCUACCAGAGGAUCUCAAAAAAUUACUGAACGAAGCAAAAAAUGGCGUCAUCUACUUUAGUAUGGGCUCCAGUUUAAAGAGUGUGGAUAUGCCAGAUGAUUUUAAGACUGGGCUUUUGAAACUGUUUGGUGAAUUGAAGCAAACCGUAAUAUGGAAAUUCGAAGAAUCUUUGACUAAUGUACCGAGCAAUGUUCAUUUAGUGCAAUGGGCUCCGCAGCAAAGUAUAUUAGCGCAUUCCAAUUGCAUCCUCUUCAUCACACACGGAGGUCUUCUGUCAACAACGGAAACCAUUCAUUUCGGAAAGCCAAUCAUAGGUAUACCUGGAUUUGGAGAUCAGUUCAUCAACGUCAAUAGAAUGGUGAAAAAAGGUUUCGGUGUUAAAGUCGACUUGACAUUCUCAUUGGUUGAAGAUCUUAAAUUAGCAAUAGCGGAAAUCCUCAGUAAUCCCAGGUAUACAAAAAAAGUGCGAGAACUAUCGCUCAUAUACCAUGACCGGCCUGUACCUCCUGGCAAGGAGUUGGUGCACUGGGUGGAACACGUUAUCAGAACAGGGGGCGCUCCCCAUCUCCGAUCACCAGCGCUUCAUGUUCCUUUCUGGCAGAAACUGUACCUAGAUUUGCUUGUAGUCAUUAUUGUUGUUUUGUAUGCCACAAAAAUUUUGCUAUCACGAUUGUUUAGAUUGAUUUUCGGUAAAGGACAAUUAAAUAAAAAGAAAUAUCAAUAG